UCGAAAUUAUUUUAUUUCGGUUUAGUUUUUUCCCCUCGAUAGACUUCUGCAGCAAUAGCAAAGCAUGGUUUUCAUCCGCACUGUUGGAUUCCUUCUUUAGUCGCAAAAUCUUGUUUUCUGCAAUAAUGAGACGACUUUUAACGUCUGAAAUGAAGAUUCUCUUCUUGUUAUUCCAAAUGCAAUAUUAGGUGUUCAUAUUCUUGUGGUAAAUCAAUUGUAAGGUCUCAUUUUGUUUAAAUUAGUGGCGGCGCUGUUGUUGCCGCAGUUCGCCAUGUUGUUUUUGUUGUUUGUUCUUAUCGCCGCAAGUUAAAGUUGGUUACGGCCCAGGUUGAAUAGAAGCGAUACCGGAAGAAAUGAUGGACAACAGAUCCCGUCCACCGACUAUGUGUCUUCGUCAACUAUGCCUGCCUUUGAACCUAUUCCUCAUGAUCAUGACUCCUGCAAAAGAGUGGUCAUCAAUGUCAGCGGACUAAAGUUUGAAACACAAUUAAGAACUCUUAAUCAAUUUCCGGACACUCUUUUGGGAGAUCCUACUCGACGGAUUCGCUACUUCGAUCCAAUAAAGAAUGAAUAUUUUUUCGAUAGAAACAGGCCGAGCUUUGAUGCCAUCUUAUAUUAUUAUCAAAGUGGAGGAAGAUUAAGCAGACCCGUCAAUGUUCCUUUAAACGUAUUUUCAGAAGAGAUAAAAUUCUAUGAAUUGGGUGAAGCAGCUUUUAAUAAAUUUCGCGAAGAUGAGGGCUUUAUAAAAGAGAAAGAGAAGGCACUUCCCAAAACCGAGUGUAAUAAAAAAUUAUGGAUGAUAUUCGAAUAUCCGGAGAGUUCACAAUGUGCCAGAAUCAUAGCUAUUAUCUCAGUAAUAGUUAUUAUCACGUCCAUAUUCAUAUUUUGUAUAGAAACAUUACCAGCAUUCAAACAUUACCGUCUAUUAAAUACCACAGAUAAUAUGAUAAUGGUUGUGGAAGUAGAAGCGCCGAAAACAUCUGAUCCAUUCUUCAUCAUUGAAACGUGUUGUAUAAUUUGGUUUACAUUUGAGCUGUUAAUAAGAUUCAUAACUUGUCCUAACAAAAUUGCCUUUUUUAAAGAUCCAAUGAAUACUAUUGAUUUAGUUGCUAUAAUUCCAUAUUUCAUGUCGUUAGCUACAAUGGAAACAGUAGCAGAAAAUUCAAAUACACGAGAAAUCCAAUUUCCGCUUUCUCUUGAUGAAAGAAAUGGAAGUGAUCACACAAAAUCUAUAGCCACAUUAAGAGUUAUUCGUCUUGUUAGGGUUUUUCGAAUAUUCAAAUUAUCAAGACAUUCUAAAGGUCUACAAAUUCUUGGAAACACGAUAAAAGCUAGUUUAAAAGAACUAGGAAUGCUCCUAUUUUUCUUACUAAUCGCUGUGAUAUUAUUUUCUACUGCUGUUUAUUUUUCUGAAGCACAUUACGAAGCUUCUUAUUUUAAAAGCAUUCCCGAUGCCUUUUGGGUAAUUCUUACUAUGACGACAGUAGGUUCUGGGGAUGUUAUGCCUUUGGGAUUAAUGGGCAAGAUUGUUGGCACUGUGUGUGCUCUUGCUGGAGUUCUGACAAUUGCACUUCCAGUACCCUUUAUUGUUUCCAAUUUUAACUAUUUUUACAGCAGAGAAUUUGAUCAAGAAGAAAUGAUGUCAGAAAAUUUUACUCACGUUACAAGCUGUCCCUACCUACCCGGAAUAGUUGGAAUUAAAUUAAAACGAGAAUCAAUAGCAGAUUCGAUAUCGGACAUCAGUGGUUCAAAAGAUGCGAGUUAUUUCAAUGAGAAAUCCCAAAAAGUACCUAAUGGUGUACUUCCGCACAAUAAUCAAACUUCGGACGCAUUUGAAUCAAAUGUCUGAUAUCAUCAUUACUAAGAUGCUUUUGCCAUGCAUUAUUUAUUUUUCCUGCUUAAGCAAAUUUAACCAAAAAUUGAUUCAGCUAUUAAUUUAUUAAUGUCGUCAUCAAUAUUUGCAAUAAAAAAUGAUGCUAUUCGGAGAUGUGAAAAAAGUAAGCUUCAUAAUAAAACAUCUGGAAUAACGCAUUGUUAAUGAAUAAUAAAAAUGUUUUGAAUUGAAUUUUAUUUAUAAUUCAGCUUGAAUGCAAAGAGUAUAAAAACGAUGUAGAAAAUUAUUACAUACAGAGAAGAAAUUACUCUUUAAUUUUUACAAACAAAAAUGUGAAGAUUCCUAAAUAAAAAUAUAGAAUGUGUUUAAAAAAAAGAAAAGUAUUUUAUAAUAUUUUGGCAUAAGUAAAUUCAACUGAAGAUAUAAUGCAUCAAUAGAUCAUUUUUUAAAGAACGAUAAGGCAGUUUUGUUUUUUAAAUGAUGAAAUCUUAUGUAAAUACGCGUGUUCAUUUAUGAAUUUAUUAGCAUAUUUCCGACUUCAUACUAAUAUACUCCAUAACCCAUUAAAAUAAACUAAUUGCUAUUCAUUAUUGGAAAUAUCUAAAUAUACUAAUAUUCCAUUAACAACUGUAUUGCUUUUAAGCAAGUCUACUUAAAUUACGAAAUAUUUACAAAAUUAAAAAAAAAAAAAACAAGCUCGUUAUUAAAACAUCUAUAUGAAACAGAUUAAGUCUACCAGAUGUUUAUAAGAUCUAAAUAUUACUCAUGAAUAUCAUGAAUAUUACUCUCAAGAAAAAUAACUUAACUUUUUGUGUAUAACUAAAAAAUAUAAUACAUCAAAUUUAAUAUUGAACUCUUGAAAGAAUACAUAAAUUAUUCAUGCUAUUUGCGAACAAAUAGCUGGGAUCGAUAUAGACCGAAAUAGAUAUUAAUCAAAAUGAAUAUUUUCUCUUCAUUUUGAGUUACAUGUAAUUUAAUUAAUUUGAAUUUAUAACAUAUUUCUAAUGUUAUUUAAUUCUUCAAUCAUAAGAAAUCGUAUAUUGAAAGUGUUUCUGUUUCUGAUCAUUUAAAAACAGAAAUGAAUUUAAAACUGAUAACACUUAAAAAUUUUUGUUUUUACCAGGAUCAUUAUUUAUCGCAAACAAAAAUCUUACAUGAAUAAUAAAAGUUAUGAUGACUUAUUUACUGCUAUUUAAAUAUUGAAAGUACUCCUCUUAUUCCUCUUCAUAUUGGAAGACAUGACAGAAAAAUAUAGAAAUGUACAUCUAUGUUGCUUUUGUGAUAACUUUAUGAAGCCGCCCAACGAAUAAAUCUGCCUGCCAUAAAUAUUCAUCAGAUAAAUUCUGCCUGCUAUAAGUACUCAUAAAAUUGACAUUAUAUCCUGUAGCAGCUAAAAGCGUAAAAAUUCAAUCACACCAUUUCCGAUUCCGGUUUAAAAAUUCGCGAUAUUUUCUGUCUUGCUCUUCAAACAGAGCAAUCAUGGAUCGAAUCCAACCUAAUCUUUUUAAUUUAUUGAAAUUCAUAGAGAUCUGACUUAUCUGUUAUUCAGACAGGCCUAGGAUAAAUUGUUUACUUAAUGAAUUUGUAAAUCUACUACUUUGUCACGUUUUUAUAUUUACAAUGAUUUUUAGGUCAUUUUAUGGAGCAAUCUUGACGUGUGACAUUUUGCUUCAAUCUAUUAAUGAAUGGAUUUGUUUUUUCAGUUCCUAUAUCUCAUUAACUGUGAAUUGGUAAUAAGUAAUAUCCAUAAACUAGCUACAGUAUCCCAAUGAAAUUCAAUAGUCGCAGAAGUCUAUACCUUGUAAUAUCUAAUUUUAUUUUGUAUAUAUGUAUUAAAAUUGAUAAUUUUAGUUUAAAUUACAUUAUUCGUAAAAGAAAAAAAAAACAUUUUAAAAUUU